AUGGGUCUCAACCAUCGCUCAGACGAACCUUCUGUAGUCCCAUCACCUCUACCCCAAUCAGUCGGAUAUGGCGUCGUGGUCGCUGCUGGUUUGGCAUUUGCCUUUGGCAUGAUGGGCUUGACGGCGAUUCUCAAAAAAACGUUGAACGAAGAUAAUUCUAAAGUCGAGACUUUCAUGGUCGCCAACAGAACAGUACGGACCGGUCUAGUCGCGUCUGCCGUUGUUUCGUCGUGGCUAUGGAGCACCGCCUUGUUGAGUUGCGUCCUAGUAACAUACAGCUACGGCAUCAGCGGUGCAUUCUGGUACGGCGCUGGAUGCUCAACCGUUAUUGUCUUCUUCGGAUACCUGGGCACAGUUUGCAAAGGGCGUGUUCCCGAAGCACAUACUAUUCUCGAGGUCAUUCGCAUCAGAUAUGGGACUGUCGCGCAUCUAAGCUUCACAUUCUUAGCCAUCGUGAACAAUCUGCUCAACACGAUCAACAUGAUUCUGGGCGCAUCGGCAGCUAUCUCUUUCCUAACCGGGAUGCACAUCAUGGCAUCGACCUUCUUGCUUCCUCUCGGUGUCGUCCUCUAUACGCUCGUUGGUGGCAUCAAAGCAACGUUUCUCACCGACUACAUCCAUACCUUUGCUAUUCUCAUUCUGAGCUGUUGGUUAACAGCCAAGGUCAUAACAUCGGAAUCUGUCGGCUCAAUCGGCCGACUAUAUGAUCUCGUCGUCGCCGCUCAGUCGAACCACUCUGUUGAAGGCAACUAUGAGGGCUCUCUCCUCACCAUGACUUCUCAGCAGGGUAUAUACUUCGCUAUCAUCCUGCUGACCUCCAAUUUCGGGGCCGUUGUCAUGGACACAGGAUACUUCCUCAAGGCAUUCGCGGCUUCGCCAAGCGCCGUUGUCCCAGGCUAUGUGCUUGGUGGUAUUUCCUACUUCAGCAUACCAUGGUCGCUUGGUACCAUCGUGGGUAUGGCUUCACUGGGGCUCGAAGCGCUUCCAAUCUUUCCGACGUAUCCAAGACUUAUGACUGGUGCCGAGGUCACAAAUGGUCUUGCUCUGCCUUAUGUGGCCGUCGCUGUCGCAGGGAAGGGAGGUGCUGUUGCGGUUCUACUGAUGACGUUUAUGGCUGUUACAUCAACUUUGUCAGCACAAAUUCUUGCCGUAUCUUCAAUCCUGACAUUCGACAUUUACCGCGUAUACUUCAACCAGGAAGCUUCCAACAAGGAAGUAAUUCGAUGGGGACAUAUCGGUGUUGUCUUUUUUGGUAUCGCAGCAGCAGCCUUCACAGCAAUGUUCCAUUACAUCGGAGUUGAUAUGGGCUGGACUCUGUACAUGCUUGGAAUUCUAACGUGUCCUGGCGUUAUUCCGCUCAUCUUCACCAUAAUUUGGCGAAAACAGACUAAGCUCGCCGCUAUUAGCUCCGCAUUCCUAGGAAUGGCAACGGGCCUCGGUGUCUGGCUCGGCUCCGCAUACGCCUUUUCCGGAGAAGUGACGGUCGCCUCUACAGGUGGGACCCUACCCUGUAUGUAUGGCACCGUCGCAUCUUUAUUCAGUCCGUUGCUGUACAGUGUGGUUGUUACUUACGUGCGACCUGAUAAUUAUGACUGGAGUCAGUUCAAGGAACAGAGAUUGGCUGUUGAGCCUGAUGAGAGCUCCAGUGGAUCAGAAAUCUCUCAAGGUAAAGGUAUUGACCAGGUCACAACAACCGAGACGGCAUCAAAUAAAACUAUUGACGACAACAACCAACGUCGAUGGACUAAAUAUGCUCUCUGGUGGGCUAUCGCUACGUUUCUUGGUCACUGGGUAUUAUGGCCAUUGCCGAUGUACGCAGCGAAAUUCGUCUUCAGUAAACAGUUGUUCACCGCGUGGAUCGUCAUGUCUCUGAUCUGGCUCUGGUGGACUCUCAUCAUGGUCGGUUUCUACCCGAUCUGGAACGAUCGCGGUCAGAUAGCCGCAGUUACACGAAGCCUUUGGAAGUCUCGGUCAUGA